AGGGUUUAUCGCAGAGAGUAGCGAUGGCGGAUUCUUCGUGGGACGAUGCCGCUCUUAUCACCGCUUUCAACUCCGCGGUCGGGAAAUAUCAGGAGAGGCAUAGCUCGAAGGAGUCUGAUGGAAAAUCUUCACGCGAGGAGAAGAAGAUCGAGAGCGGGAGCCAGCAAGAUCAAGCGGCGGCGGAGGGAUCGUCCCAGCACGCGGAUUCUUCGUUCGUGGAUCCUUCUUCAUACUAUCCAUAUCCAUUUCCACAGCCUCAUCCCUCAUAUCCAUACCCGGCAUUUGUGUAUCCAGUCCCUGCCUAUGCUUGCGCUCCUCCGCCAAGCCAUUGCUGCCACCACUCGUGCUGUCACUCGAGCUCUACUCAAUCCUCUCGCUCGGAUGAUCCAUCUUUCGAGACGCUCAAGCUCGCAAUUCUACAAUCUCUCUCGCAGCUACCACCAGACAAACAACUAUCGCUCGAAGACAAUGCCGAAGUUCUCAUCGCUUGGUUCAAUGCAGGAUUUCGCACUGCAAGCCACUUGUACAAACAAGCAUAGGUUAAUUCAAAGAUUAUCUAUAAGAUUUGCGAAAAUCGAAAACCAUGAUCCGUGGAUCCGACGCGGCAAGCAUCCAACGGUGAUGUGGUUGCUCGUUAUUUUUC